CUUAAAUGUUUAGUCGGCUGUAACCUUUUCAAUCAUGACCCUCACACCGAACCAGACAUUUGCGUAAUUUAUUAUCAUUAUAACAAAGAUUAGUCAAAGUUCGUGCUGUAAACUGCAGCGGGUGCUUGAGAAACAUUGACUAAGUGGAGAAAGUUGAAAAAUUCUAGACAUGGAGGAGUCCAGUGAUACUUAUGGCAUUUAUGACCCCAACAAUCCCAUUUCUUGGGAAGACCACCAGCCUCAGAGCAUGGAGGAGAGAGUUGAGGAGAGAGUUGAAUGCCUCAGAAGGAAGAUCAAGUACUACUUCAUGAAUCCGUGUGAGAAAUACCACGCACGAGGACGAAAACCUUGGAAACUCAUGCUGCAGAUUGUCAAAAUUGCAAUAAUUACCAUCCAGCUGGUAUCUUUUGGACUGAGCAACCAGAUGGUUGUUACCUUCAAGGAAGAAAAUCUGAUGACGUUCAAGCACCUUUUUCUGAAAGACUAUGCUGAUGGAGACAUGGAUACUUACGCCGUUUACAGACAAGCUGACGUCUAUGAUCACAUUGAAUACAUUAUUUUACAGUAUGGGCUUCUGCACAACAACACUGUAGGGAAUCAUGAAUAUGAGAAAAAUGGCACUACCUACACCCCGCUGUUACUGUGUCAGGAGUUCUACAGGAACGGUAGCAUCUACUCUGGAACUGAGACCGUUGAAAUUGAUGCUCACGUGGAGACCGAAUGCCUUGAACUCUAUUCAGUUGCUCCCCAGUUGCAGCGUGACAUGCUUCAGAACUUUGAACUACAUUUUAAAAGGCUGCUCUCUGUGAAGAUCACAUUUGUUGUCAAGGCCAUCAAUUUGCAAACCGUGAGAUAUCGAGAGCUUCCUGACUGCUAUGACUUCGCUGUCAUUAUCACUUUCAACAAUCAAGCCCACAGUGGCAGAAUGAAAGUCGACCUGGAAACAGAUGUGGAGAUCAAUGAAUGCAAAGACUGGAAAGUAACUGGAGUCUCUGCAAGAAAGAUGUACCUGAUCGUGAUAUUCGACUGCAUCAUCGGGAUAACCUGCAUCACCUCCUUUGCACUCUGCACACGCUCAGUAAUAAAAGGGAUUCUGCUGUUGUUUGAGUACAUCCACCACUGCAAAACGCACUCUGGUAAAAACGUGCCUUGGUCAGACAAGUUGGAGUUUGUGAACGGCUGGUAUAUCCUGAUCAUUGUCAGCGACACCCUAACCAUUAUAGGCUCCAUUCUCAAGAUUGAAAUUCAGUCCAAGGUCCUUACGAGCUAUGAUGUGUGCAGCAUCUUCCUCGGCACAGGCACCAUGUUUGUUUGGAUUGGCGUCAUCCGCUACAUGGGCUACUUCAAGAAAUAUAAUAUUCUCAUUCUGACACUCCGGGCAGCUUUUCCAAAUGUUAUCCGUUUCAUCUGCUGUGCUGGAAUUAUAUACAUAAGCUACUGUUUUUGUGGCUGGAUCGUGAUUGGCCCAUAUCAUGAAAAGUUCCGGACCUUAAACACCGUUUCCGAGUGUUUGUUCUCAUUGGUCAACGGAGACGACAUGUUUCCCACCUUUAAAGACAUGAAGCAGAAGAGUAGCCUGGUGUGGAUUUUCAGCAGAGUCUACCUCUAUACCUUCGUGUCACUCUUCAUCUACAUGAUCCUCAGUCUUUUCAUCACAAUAAUCACCGACACAUACUACACAGUCAAGCAGCAGCAGGAGAAUGGAGUCCCGAUAUCAGACCUGCAGAAAUUUCUCUCUGUGUGUAAAGAUCUGCCAAAUUCUGGAGUUUACAGACUUGAAAAGAGCAGCAUCUUCAGCUGCUGCAUCAACAGAUGGAACCAUCGUGAAGAGAGGCUGACAUCAGAGGCUUAGCAGUUAUGAGUUAUUAUUGAGCACUUUAUACAGUAAGAAUUCCUGUUAGUGGAUUAAAUGAACUGAGAAAAACGUGCAUACCCGAGUUUGAUCAAGUUAGGAAACAUAUUAGUAAGUGCUAAUAGAACUGCAAAAAAAAAAAGAAAACGGGUCUGGGCUCAACAUGAUGCACUGGACCUGAAAGAAUCUGGUAAAUAAACCUAAAUAUAAUGAUAUUGUAGAUAAAAACUGUAAAUGUUUGUACAAAGCAUGUAACUUUGGAGAAAAAAAACACUGUUGUACACACAAAUGAAUCAAUAAGCAUGCUGAAAUGUAAAUUGAAUAAUUUUAUUUCUCCAUUGUCAGGAGAAUCAGUAUAAAAUCAAUUUUUUCCACUGACACUCUGGUUAACCUUCUGUAAGUUUGUUGCAAUGCAUAAAAAUCUCAAUUUAUAGUGAUAAGAUAAUCCAUACAGCCUUACACAGUGAAAGUCAAUGAAUGUAGAAUAACUGGUACUGUACAUGGCUCCACUGCCCAGCAGCAUUGUAGCAUUUUGGCCUCUAGUUUUCUCCGGAUCAGAGGAGUUGUUUGACCCAUCUGUGAAAAGCUGCUUCUAGAUGGAUCUCAGGGCAGUUCAAAGACAGCUGUCCCAAAUAAAGUUGUAAAAUGUGCAAGGUGAGUCAUGCUCUUUUCAGGUUUGUUGUUGUAUGAAACUAAAGGUUCACAAAAUAUUAUUAUUAAAAUAAAGUCUGUAAAUAAAAAACA